CCCUGGACUUCUGUUUGAAGGCUAACACAGGUCCAAACCAAGAUGGGGGACAAGACUCAGAACCUGCCUGACAUGUGGAUGCCCCCAACAGCAGGGGGAAAAGAUGAAGAAUCUGAACUUCAAAGCAACAGGCUGCUCUGCUGCUCAAGAACCAAGCUCAGAGAGGCUGAUUUGCCAGGGUCAGAAUGUGAAGCCUGGCUGCACAGAGUCCAAGCUUUGAAGCCGGAUAAAUGUUGGAAGAAAUGUGCCUCAGAGUUGGGCUUCCCAAACUUGAACCUUUGCUGCUGCCCGGGCGUGCAGGGCCCGGCCGCCGCCAUGUCGGGCCCGUUCGAGCUCUCGGUGCAGGAUCUCAACGACCUGCUGUCGGACGGCAGCGGCUGCUACAGCCUACCGAGCCAGCCUUGCAACGAGGUCACCCCCAGGAUCUACGUGGGCAACGCGUCUGUGGCUCAAGACAUCCCCAAGCUGCAGAAACUAGGCAUCACGCACGUGCUGAAUGCCGCUGAGGGUAGGUCCUUCAUGCACGUCAACACCAAUGCCAACUUCUACAAGGACUCCGGCAUCACCUACCUGGGCAUCAAGGCCAACGACACGCAGGAGUUCAACCUCAGCGCCUACUUUGAAAGGGCUGCAGACUUCAUCGACCAGGCCUUGGCUCAAAAGAAUGGCCGGGUCCUCGUCCACUGCCGGGAAGGUUACAGCCGCUCCCCAACCCUAGUUAUCGCCUACCUCAUGAUGCGUCAGAAGAUGGAUGUCAAGUCUGCCCUGAGCAUCGUGAGGCAGAACCGUGAGAUCGGCCCCAACGAUGGUUUCCUGGCCCAGCUGUGCCAGCUCAAUGACAAACUCGUCAAGGAGGGGAAGUUGAAACUCUAGGGCACCCCCUCGGCCUCUUCUCUAGAGGCAGGCCGGGGAGGCCCUGGUCGAGGUGUCCGAAGCCGCCAUGUUUAGGAAACACAGUGUACCCUGCUCCCAGCAUCACCAGGCACUUGCCCACAAGUCUGUCCCAACACAGCCCUGGGCCACUUUCCCCCUGGGGAGCACAUAAACAAGCUUGCUAAGGAAGGCAUUGUCGCUCCCUGGUGUGUCCUGUGCCUGUAGUUUAUGAUGUCCUCUCCCUGAGGUGGGGGCGCAGAGGGGGAAGGCCUGUGACGUGCAUGCUUCUCCUGGAUGACCCAAGGCAGGAGGUCUGUGGCAGUGAAAGGCUCGAGAUGCCCCCAGGGGCCCUUCCUGACCUCUGUUGCCCCCUGCCUCCCUCCCCCGCUCCCUGCCAUGCACCCUGGGUCCUCUCCUGAGUGGGGACCGCAGCACCUCGAGCCCUGUAAGGGAACUAUGCAAACACAGGCCCCUCUCUCCCCACCCUGCCUGCCUCCUCCUCGCUCAUGCCAGCUGUUCAUAGGCAGAGGCUCGCAUUUUGAGGGCUGAAGCUGGCCCCCGCCGGCCAGCAGUUGAUAGUGGGUGGAAAUUCCCAUGAAGAGACUGCAUUUUAAGUAUUUCAGUAGGAUUAAAGAUACCCAAACAAAGAGGCCGUCAGGUGGGCAGACAUUCCUCUGGAGGACUCCUGUCAGUCCACAGUAUCUAGAAUGCCAAAAUCUUUGGCAGGCUUGCAUUCAGAAUCCGCUGCUUUGGAAUAUCUCUCCUGGACCGCUGCUCUCAGUCACUUGGAUUGUUAGAAGAGUGAUGUCUUGGGCAUGGUUUUAUUUUAUAUUAUUAUUAUUAUUUUCUGAGAAAACAGGGUGUUUAAGUUCCAGCCUAUUUAAAACCCCCACCAUUUGAAGAAUUGUAAAGGUUUUGUCCUGAAUUAUAGCGUGGGCGAGCUUGAGCUACUCAUGCCAACUGCUUUUUGUCUCUGUUGCUAUUCCAAGGACAGAAGGAGGAAGUUGGCCAAUUACAGGGUGCGUGUGUGGGUGUGGAAGGGGGUGUGAGUCUCAGAAACACAGCCAGAGGAUGGAGGAGCAGGCUUUCACCCCGCCCACUUCUAGGUGGGUCUUAGGGCUCUGUGGUGCCAAGAACGAUCCCGGAGCCCUUGGAGCAAAAGUGAGUCAGCCAGGCCAAAAUGAAACACAGCGGAGCCUCCAAGUGGAGACUUGACUGGUUGUAGAGCAAACAAACAAAACAGAGCCACCUUUUUUUAGGACUAAUUCAAGGAUGACAUUAGUCAUCCAUAAGGAUAAUGCUUUCUCGUGUGCACACAUGUGUCAGAAUAUAGGAGUUUUGUUUUGAAAACAGUCUUGUUAGGACUUUGAGUGAUUGUUGCCAUGGAAAGGGAUGCAUUCCUGUUGUCUUCAGGUUCCCCGACAGCAGAGAGGUGGUCCUCAGCCAUACCCGCAACCCCCCCCACCCCAGCUCCUCGCACACAGAGAUCUAGAAAAGUUUGCAGAAUUUUACUUUUUCUUAUUGUUUCUGAGCCCCAGACCCAUGCAGGGUGAUGUUCUGGUGGGUGUUAUCAAGCUCCCAGAAACCUGAAUUUGUGGUAGGAUCCCUUGCAAGGAUUUGCAGAAGGAGUCUUACCAGAAGUAAAAAACCAAGGACUAUUGUCGAGUCUUCAAAAUUCCGUUGUAAAUGGAAAUUCAGGCAGUGUUCACCUGUCGAGGUGGGGAAUGUGCCUUUUUCAGAGUUGACCAGGGGCGUCGGGCCGGACGAGGAGAAGCAGGGUGCCGCAGGGCCUCACUCCCGGGUGUCGUGGCCUCUCCCGUCACAGGGCCAGAGCGCGGGUUCUGGACGGUCGCUUUCCUCUGUGACCACAGCCGCAUCGAACAAACUAGGAGCUGUGGUCUCUCCCAGAGACGGGACUGCCCACAUAAACCCACCUCAGUGAAAUGGCCAUCCUCUAACCCGUGUACCUCAUCUUCCGGUUUCCCGAGAACCAUCCCACUUAAUCUAACCUGAUCCUUCCAAUAACCCUAUCCAGUUGGCAGAGCUUAUUCAUGUAUUGUGACCUUUGAAGAAAAAGGAACUGGGGUUCAGACUGACGGAGGGCAGGGUGCCCAUCCGUCCCGGCUCUGAGGAAGAGCCGAGUUAAGAUUUCAGGUUUGCUUCUUCCUGAAACUGAAUCUUUUGUCCCAUACUAGGCUCCCCAUCAAGAAAGGAACCCCCUUGGAGUGUCCAGGGGCAGGCAUAUGCCCUUGACCCAGCCGGUGUGCCUAGGAGCCAGUUUUGUGGAUGGAGUACAACCAUUCAAGCUGCGGUGCCAAGGGGGUGAGGGGGUCCGGAAGAGCGUGGGAGGGAUUUGAUACAAGCCCAUCCCUGCUCCAGGAGCAGGAAGCAAGAAGCCUGGGUCCCUGAUUUGGUUAGAAGGUGUGCCUCUUCCUCCAGGAAGCACAUAGCGUCCCUAAGUUGGAGCUUUCCCUUCUGCUUCUGGAAGAGGCUCUGGGACUGGGGGGAAGGGCACCCCCUCGCACCCGUCAGCAGUGGUCCCACGAUGGGACAGGGGCAGCUAGCUACUCAGGCUCCUUUAAUCAGGACCUCUUGAAGGCCUUUUGGUGGGGGCCUGAGGGAGAAAAGGCCACUGGGAAAAUUACUGCCUUUACUUGGGCAAUUACUUUUAUGCUGAUAACGGGGAUUUCUUGGUAGUCUUUGGUCCCAGAAACCCUAUCUUUACGUCAUGAGAUUUAGCUCCUAAUUUUUGAGUAAAAUAAAAUUCUGUGGUGUAAGAGCCAGCACGUGCCCAGCUGCCCAUGGUCGUUUUCUGGACGGCUUUCUACCCCUGGGAAGUGAUGGAAUAGGAACUCAGGGUGCUCUUACCCUCCUCCGUGAUCUGAUCCCUUUCUUUGACUAGCAGACCCCCACCUCAGUCAAAUUAGAGCACUAGAUGGUUUUCUUCUCAAACCUAAAAACAGUAUACUUUCCACAGGCUGGUCUGUUUAUCUGCCACUCUGAGUUAUCUGGAGAGCAGAAACCACCAUCUGUCAAAACAAGGGGCCUCAUCUAGAAGACCUCUAAGGUCCCUUUGGCUCUGACACUGUAUAGGGUUCUCUGAGAAUCCCCACCUGGAAUUUACCACCAUCUGGGAAUUAUAGGGUAUGUAACAAUACGGUGACCAGCAGGUGGCGCUGUGUUCCACCCAUGGUGAUGGAUGGUUUGAAAGGGAAUGUUGGUGCCUUUUGUGUCACAAGUUAAUGUUAAGAUGCUAAUGUUUUAAUCCAAAUAAGCACUGAUCUUAUAAUAAGAAGAUAUGCACUUUCCUCACAGGAGAUUUCUGCCAUAAAACCAGUACCAAGAACCACUGAAGAGCCAACAGUGUUGGUCUUAACCAAGUUAAGACUUUAUCCUGAUUGGAAGUAGAGGCCCUCUCCCGUUGAGAGAGCAGAGAGUGGUUGGAAGCUUGAUUUAUCUCCUGUCAGCUUUCAGGGUAAUUUGACUGUGAAAGCGUGAGUUUCCUGGACAGAAAAGGGGCAGGUAUAAACAUUGGUUUUAAAGGAAAGUGAGUUUAACGUCUGUUGUAUCACAAAUCAGUGUUAAAACACUAACUGUAACCAAAAUAAAUGUCUUACAUUACAUAGAAA